AUGUUCCUAGGGGAACAAGAACCUUCUCAACUAGUCAAAACCCUGGAAUCAAAGUUAGUUGGAAUCCUUGGAAUAUUAAACAUAGAUAACAUUCAAAGGAGCAUUGAUAAAUAUCGCAGUUUGUGGGGCUGUAGGAGCCGGACAAUUGUAACUGAAGAGAGAUAUGGCACACCUCAAUUGGGAGGAUCAUUCAAACUAAUUGACCAGGACGGAGUUACAAGAUCCUCCGAAGAAUUUAAGGGGAAAUACAUGCUAAUCUACUUUGGAUUCUGCAAUUGCCCUGAUAUAUGCCCAGAAGAGAUGGAUAAACAGACUCAAGUUGUCAAUACUCUAGAUAAGCAGUUUGGGCCUAUUAUACAACCAGUUUUCAUUUCAGUUGAUCCUAAGAGAGAUGUACCCAGGGUUCUUAAAAAUUAUGUAAAGGACUACCACCCUAGACUCGUGGCACUAACAGGAACGCCAGAAAUGAUUAAAGAUGUAACCAGAAAGUUCCGAGUGUAUUAUAAUGAGGGGAUCAAAGCAACCGAACAAGACUACCUUAUUGACCAUUCAAUAAUACACUACCUAAUGGAUAAGGAUGGUAAUUUUUUGGAGUUUUACGGGAAAAACACAAACUCCCAGGAGAUGGCCAAAGCAAUAUCUAAUGUAAUUAAAAAGUAA